GCUGAGCUGGGAUUUGAACCGGGGACCUCCUGGUUACAAGCCUGUUUAUUUAACCACUGGACCACACAGCCUCCUAAAAGGAACAAUAAGCUCCUAACAACCAAGCUGCUACUAAGCAGAAUCCUGUGUGCUGCCAUGGACAGUGUGGAGAUGGAAUCUGUCCAGAUUAAAGAGGAGUUCUUUGAACCUGAACUUGUCCCCUUUAGAGCGGAGUUCUCUGGGCUGGCUUCCCUUCCCAUUAAACAGGAGCUCUGUGAGAUGCAAUGUGACAGCAGUCAGCCACAGGUCUCUGAGAUUAAAGCUGAGCACAGUGAAUUGGAGAUCUCUCAGACAGAAGAACCCCUUCCUGCGAAACAAGAAGAGGUGCUGGAAAUUAACCAUAUUAAACAGGAGCCCCCUGAAGUAGAGUUUGACCACAUGGAACCAGGGAAGGAAGAAUCCGAGGACUUCAAACCAAACAUCCCUGAGCUGGAGAGAAUCUGUGUGAGAGAGCAAGGCGCUGGAGAGGAAGGCUCUCCCAACAGCAUGCAAGGAGGUGGAAAGGAAGACGGGCAGUCACAUUCAGAAUGCAGUCUAGCAGAUGGCAGCUCUGUUGUUGGCUCUGAUCAGCCCCUCAUUGCCUCUCCUGGUGAAGAUGUCAUCCUGCCCUGUCACAUCACCCCCAGUCUCAGUGCUGUGGACCUGGACGUGAGGUGGUACAGAGAGAACUUCAAUAUCCCAGUUCAUUUAUAUGAAGAUCGAAGGGAUCGCACAGAUGUUCAGGACAGUGACUAUCGGGGCCGCACUGCUCUCUCUAUAUUGGGGCUGCUGGGUGGAAUUCUCUCUCUGACACUGAGAAACCUCCGGCACACUGAUAGCGGGGUCUAUUCCUGCUAUGUCACUGAUGGAGUCUGGUAUGGGCAAGGAAAGACUGAACUGAUAGUCAGAGCUCUGGGGACCCAGCCCUCAAUCUCUAUGGACUCUACACAAGGAGAACAGACCCGGCUGGUGUGCAGAUCAGAGGGGUGGAGCCCUGAACCUGAAGUGAUCUGGAGAGACAGGGAUGGAAAUGACUUGACAUCAUUGUCCAGCACAACAGUGCAGAGGGACAGUCAGGGGUUCAUCAGUGUCAGCAGCUACAUCAAAAUCAAACAGCAGUCCAACGUGUUCUCCUGUCUGGUUAGAAGUAAAACACCCAAACCAGACUGGGAAUCCAAACUCCACAUAUCCAGGGAUUUUUUCCCAGGAGUCUCUGGGUGGAUGGUGGCUUUCUUCUUGACUUUAGCUCUCAGUAUUGGAGCCAUUCCUCUGCUGGUGAUCCAAUGGAGAAGAAUGGAUGCCAUGGAGAGAAAGCUUGAGCCUAUGGCUGCUGAGUACCUUCGUAAGGAACUUGAGUAUGUGAAGCGAGAGGUCCUUAAAUCAGAAUGGAAGUGGAUCCUCAGCUCAGCAGUUGAUGUGACUCUGGACCCUGAUACAGCACAGCCCGAGCUCACCCUGUCUGCGGAUGGGAAACGAGUGAGACGGGGAGAGACAUGGCAGGAUCUCCCUCAUAAACCAGAGAGAUUUGAUUACUGGUCCUGUGUGCUUGGCAGGGAGGGCUUCACCUCGGGGAGAUGCUACUGGCAGGUGCAGGUGGAGGGGAAUAAAUGGUGGCGAUUAGGAGUCAGCAGAGAGUCUGCCCCGAGGAAGGGGGAGUUCAGCACAACCCCCCAGCAGGGUUACUGGGCUGUGUGGUGGGGGAGUGGAGAUAGAGAUGAGUUCAGUGCUCUCACUGACACCCGGACCCCUCUCCCCAUGAGCCUGAAGCCCCAGAAGAUGGGGGUGUAUCUGGAUUAUGAAGAAGGACGGCUCUCCUUUUACAAUGUGGAGACCAGAUCUCACAUCUACACUUUCACUGACAUGGAGUUCAAUCCCAAUGAGAAACUCUAUCCACUCUUUUAUACUUACAGUGAAACAGACCUUGUGCUGGAAGUCCCCUGACCCUGACCCUGUCAGCGCUGCAGAUUAAACACACAUUGCUGUCUGAACCAGGAAACUAUUCAAACAGCUCAGACAAUCUCCUCUUCACUUUCACUGACACUCUCUCUGCACUCUUCUGGGCUGAUGAUAAAAAAUCCCCUCUCUUCCACCCUCUUAAUCUGAGCCCCUCCUCUAUUUCUCUACACCCCUAUACUACUCCUGCCCUGUUUCUGUCCUUCUUUCUCCUCCACCUCUCUCCAUCUCAAGAUCACUCUCCUUCUCUUCUGCUCUCCUCUCCCCUCUCUCCUCUCCCUCUCACAACCAUGGCCUCUACUGUCACUCUCUUCCUCCCUGCCCUCUCUACUCCCCCUCUCCCCUCUGUACUGUCUCUUCCCCUGCCCUCUCUACUCUCCCCUCUUCUUUAAUAUGGUCAUUUAGCCAGGGAAUCUAGCAGACCUGGGAACCGACCAUAAGAGUAUUUAAAGACUUAAACAUAUGUUAAAUGGCACCAGCACCUUUGAAUUGUAACAAGAAAUUGAUUUAGAGAGUUGAACUAGUGUGGUAUUGUGGCAAUGUGCCCCUGUGGCAAUGUGCCCCGUCCCUGUGUGCAUAUUAUGUGUUGUAUGUUGCGUGUGUUAAUGUUGGUGUAUAGAGAUUGGUACACAGGAUAUAAACGGGUCUGUG